CCUGCAGUGCGUGCCGCCGAAGCUGAAGCUAAACGGCGCCGUCGACAAGACCCGGAAGUGCGCGACGCCGAGGCAGAGGCUCAUCGCCGCCGCCGAGAGCAGCCAGAAGUGAGCGCUGCUGAAGCUCAAUCUAAGCGCCGCCGUCGAGAGGACCCUGAAGUGCGCGACGCCGAAGCAGAGGCUCAUCGCCGCCGCCGAGAGCAGCCAGGAGUGAGCGCCGCCGAAGCGGAAGCCAAGCAAAAGGCAAGGAUCGCUAAGCCUGACGGUGCAACAAAAAUUUUCCAACGGCUGUUUAGAGACAACCCGUUUGGGAGCGUAUGUUCAGUCUGUGACCGGCUCUGGUUCCAAAACGACUUGCAACCGCUACCGGACAGAUGUCACGAGACCCUAGAGCAAUCAUUUCCAAACUCGGACCUAACCCAAUUCAAACUGUGCUCGACCUGCAUACAAUCAGUGCACAAGUGUCAUAUUCCUCAUCUUUCCUCAAGUAACGGUUAUGUAUAUCCCCCGAAGCCAGCCCACCUCCCACAAUUGAACGCGGUGAGUGAGAGACUCAUAUCUCCACGAAUUCCUUUCAUGCAACUGCGACGGCUGAUGCACGGUGCAGGUCAGCACGGCAUUAAGGGACCAGUAGUGAACGUCUGUGUUGAUGUGGACGACAUGGUGACAAUGUUGCCUCGUGCCAUCGAACAAGACCGAGCCCUCAAUGUACAUUUGAAGCGGCGCAUGCUUGCGAAGACGACCUACCUGGCAGGGGCAGUAAAAAAAUGUGAUCUGCUGCCGUGGCUUAAGCUGCUGUGUGAUAGCACGCUGUACAAGCAUUAUAAUAUAAAGUGCGAUUUUGCCCGUUUGGGCGAUAUCGUAGAAGUGGACGAACACGACGAGAUCGAGUUGCUCCCGCAAUGCUCAGACCUCAACGAUCCGAUCCAAGUGGCUACAGCCAUGACUCUGGCUCAGCACACUCUCGUAUGGGACGAAGACAAGUUUCUAGCGAUUGCGCCAGAUCUAUCUCGGUGA